AUGGAACGUCCACCUCUUGUCACGUCAACAAAACAAAACAUCGAGCCUAGUGAGCCAGAAGAAGCAUCGCCGAUUAAAAGCGAACCUCAAGUAACUCGGCCACCAUCAGCCAGGAAAGCGCGAUUUUCUGCUUUGGCCGCUGAUUUGCAAGAGUUCGAAUAUGAUUGUCACACAAUCCAAAAUAAGCCAAAAGAAGCAUACAUGCGAGGAAGAAGUGCGAGAUUAAGUAUUGGAGAAACGCGUCCGUCAGUGUUAUGCACUCCUGCUGGAAAUGCAGCCAUACAAAAGCUUCAACAUCAAAAAUCUUCUACUUCAAUCAGUUUUUCACCGGAGAAGAAUGAUGUAACUUCGAGUACAAUGCUUGGAGGAUCUGCUGGAAUGAUGGAUUUAACCAUUUCUUCGAUUGAUUGCUCAAACAUCACUUUAAAGUCCAAAGAUCUUCAAGAAUCCAAGAAAAAAGUGUUCUCUCCAACAAAUUUUACACCAAAAAGCACAUCAUCUCCCAAAGAUCUGGAAAUGUCACCGGCAAAAUUGGCAGCCCUCGAAAAAUCCACUGCCAAAACCAUCAAGUUUCAAUUCGAGCAAAAAUUGAAGAAUCAAGAGAAUGUGGUUAUUCCGAUGCCCAAACAAUUUGUAAAAUUACCCGUGAAAUCAAAUCCUAAACCUGAAGUUUAUAAGGAAAAUUCGAAAAAAGUUGAUUUGAUUAUUGGUAAUAUGAAAAGUUUGAAAAAUCGCUGGGAACUUUCUUCUUCAACGGGAACUCCGAUACAUCCAGAUGCUCCUGAAGAAGAAUUAUUAGCUGCUGCGAAUCGUAUGAAAAAUGUAAGAAUUAUUGUUUUGUUAGCUAUUAAAAACAGAGAAAAUUUGAAUAAGACUGUUCUUGUGCGAAAAAAAAAACACAUUUUUCCAGACUUCUUCUCAUCGAUCUGUGACUUCCAACAAAUCAACUUCUCAAAAUGAAGAAGAAUCGGUUGCUUCAGAAUCCGAACCACCAAUAGAAGAUGAAGUUUUCGACACAGAACCCAGAGAUUUGUCAACUCCAUCUGAUGCGAGUCGAAUCAUCGAUCAAGCUUUUGAAUUCAUGAAAUAUGGAACACCUUCGCCAUGUCGACCAAGUCCUUUAGCAGUUCGAAUUUGUCGAGAUUCUCCGCUGGCAAGAAAUAAUGAGAUAAUUGAAGAGGAAGAUAUUCCGAUGGGAAGUGAUGAAGAAGAAGAUGAAGAAACAAAGGCGCAUGGAGAUUUUUUGGAGAAAACUCAAGAAAAGGAAGAAUAUAACUUGCCAUAUUCAGUGUCGUUUUAUAGAAAAAUCCAAAAGGAGAGAACUAAUUUGGAUGUUAGUUCAACAAUAAAUCGAGCAAAUUCGCCAGAAGAAGAAGAAGACGAACGAACUUUGUCGCCGGUAUUCAAGAAUUUGGCUAGAGAUCAAGAAGAUGUGAAGAGCAAGAUUGAAGCGGAGAAGGUAAGGGUUUAAAGAGUUUGUUGAAAAUAAUUAAGUAAUCUUCGGGAAAGAGUUCCAAUAAUGAUAAUUACACAUUUAAUACUUCACUAUUAAUUCAGUAUUUCGUGAUUGAACUUUGAUAGUUUUUUCCCAAAAUGUUGGCCGUUUCUAUCCAUAAAAUUGAGCUAGAAAUAAAAAUCGGUAAUUCGAAGUAACUACGAAUUGACGAUUUAUAAUUUUUAUCCAUAAAAUUGAGCUAGAAAUAAAAAUCGUCAAUUCGAAGUAACUACGAAAUGACGAUUUAUUAUUUUUAUCCAUAAAAUUGAGCUAGAAAUAAAAAUCGUCAAUUCGAAGUAACUACGAAAUGACGAUUUAUUAUUUUUAUCCAUAAAAUUGAGCUAGAAAUAAAAAUCGUCAAUUUGAAGUAACUACGAAAUGACGAUUUAUUAUUUUUAUCCAUAAAAUUGAGCUAGAAAUAAAAAUCGUCAAUUUGAAGUAACUACGAAAUGACGAUUUAUUAUUUUUAUCCAUAAAAUUGAGCUAGAAAUAAAAAUCGUCAAUUUGAAGUAACUACGAAAUGACGAUUUAUUAUUUUUAUCCAUAAAAUUGAGCUAGAAAUAAAAAUCGUCAAUUUGAAGUAACUACGAAAUGACGAUUUAUUAUUUUUAUCCAUAAAAUUGAGCUAGAAAUAAAAAUCGUCAAUUCGAAGUAACUACGAAAUGACGAUUCAUUAUAUGAGCUAGAUUAGAAGUUUCUAAAAUUUUUUGCCGACUUAGGCUUUCAGGAAAAAUUGCUCACCUGGAAUUCCAGGUAUUGGGUGAGGUUUGUUUUUUUUUCCUCAAAAACUUGGUCGAAAAAAUCAUUAAAUUUUCAUCCAAUCAAUUUUUUUUGUCUAAAAAAUAAUCAUCUAAUUUUUUCAGGAACGCCUAAAAAGUGCGAUAAAAGUCGAAGAAGAGCACAUUUCGCAAUCAAAAAGAGCUUUGGCAUUAUGUCGAGAAACACGGGCUUUCAAUGGAUCAAGAGAAGAAAUUGAAAUGCAACGAGCAUUGCUAACGGCGGUCGAAAAACAAAAAGCACUUUUUGGUGAAUUAAACCGAUUGGAAAAUGAUGGAUUGAGAAUGUAAGUGUUCGGAAUCCUAAAAUUAAAUUUAUGAAUAUAAAAAAACAUUCAGUAUUGAUGGUCCGCUUGGUGAUUUUUCUGUCGUUCAACUUUCGGUAACUAUCGCCAAGGAGUAUAUUAUUAGAAAUGCGACAAAUUCGAAAAAAUCUGGUACGGUUUUUAAAAGGAAAAUGAAAAGGGUAUUUGAAAUAUUGAAGAUCAGAAGAAAAUUUAGCCAAAAUUUUGAAAUUAUUAUUCACUUUUUUGAUAUAGUUUUUUCACUAAUAAUCAAAAAUUCAAACAACUUUUUAAUUUUCAUAAAAAUCUUCGAUUUCCAGCCGAACUCUACUACUUUAUCGCACUUCUCAAAUACGGCGAACAAGUGAAAGUAUCACAAAUUGCAACCAGUGAAUCUGCUCUAAUGCAAAAUGGUGGAGUUAUGGAUUUCACGAUGCCUCUCACAUUAUCGAAAAUUCCACCAAAUUUCGAAGCAACUCUUGAAAUUUAUGGACAAAAAUCGUUGCGCGAAUCAUUGACUCAUGAGGAUAAAUAUAAUUUGAAGGGUUCGAAAAGCAAAAACAAAGGAAAUUCAAUGAUGGUUCCACCAGCUUUUUCAUUAUCGGUUACUGAAACAAAUUUCAAUUUGAUUAAACAAUUGAGUUUCAAGAUUGAUUGUCCAGGAAAACAGGUGGGAAUUUGAAGAAUUCUUCCAUUUUUUAACUCACUAAUUGUCAAUUUUUCAUUCAGAAAUUCCAAAUUUCUGACAAAAUCUACCCGCUCGAUGGGUGGAUAAUUGUAAAAGUUCGACGAAGAGUUUGCGAGCUAGUCAACUUCGAACUCGAUGGUUUUUUGUCAAUGUAUCAAAGAACUUCGGAAGGACUUGGAAAUUGGACGAGAUAUUGGUGUGUUCUUUCGGCUGGAGAAAUGAAAUUCUGGAAACAUCCUGAAGAUGAAAAUGUUAAGGUAAAUGAGUUUGGAUGAUUUUCCUGGCACAAAAAUUGCGGAAUAGCAAGAAAAUCUGUGAAUUAUCAUGGAAAACCUGAACAUUUUUCCAGGAACGUCUCGUUUCAAUCGAUCUUGCAACAUGCUUGGAUUUGAAUGGAGCAUCGACAGUUUCGGAUAUUUGCCCAUAUCCUAAUAGUUUUUAUAUUGAUGUUUGGGUUCCGAAAGAAGAAGACGAAAAAUCGAAUGAGGAUUCGAUUAAAACUGGAAGAAUGACAACUGAUGAUAUUGAACCAUUGAGGUACGAUUUUGGGUUUUGAAAUAUUGGGGUUGACUAAAAACAAUUUCUAAUUGAAAAUUCGAAAUUGUUUUGAAAGUUUCCAAAAGGUAGAGUGUACAACUUUCAAAAAAUUAUGAAAUCAAAUAAAAGUUCUAAAAUUUUUGAGCAACGUAGUCCAGAAAUUUGGAUCUAUAUGUGUGGUAUAUCGUUAGACCGACAUUUUUGCAUUCUUCUGAAAAAUUGCAGAGUAAUGCUAGCGGCUGACACUCAAUUGAACCUCGAAAAUUGGCUGACUGCCAUCAAUCACUCAUCUCGCCAACUUUGUACUUGGCGAAAUCCAAUCCCAUUGAAAAAUCUGUAA